AAGAGGCUACCUGCCCAUCCUGCUCUCUAGUCAUCAAAGUCAUUUUUGAUAAAGAUAAUUUCAUUACCAAAUUCGAAGAGAUACUAAAGAUAGAAGAUAAAGAAUUGGUUAAGCAGACGUAAAAGCAGUCAUCAUCAUCAUGACUGGCCGAGGAAGAGGACGUGGUAGAGGAAUUCCAAAUUUAGUUCUACCUGGUAGUGAUCAGGUAACUGAAUCAUUGCCUCCAAUGUUGUAUCCUCCACAGACCUUUCCACCACUGGACUACAAACCAUUACCAAUGAAUAUUACGGCUGAGAUAAGAUACAUGUUGAAUGUGAAAAAAGAUUUUGCAGAGCACAUGCAAGAAUCCCCUAACAAUGUGUUACCAAUUGUGGUGAAAAAGGAUAUAGAAAGAUAUUGCGAUAAAUAUCAAGACAUGAUAUCCAAUAAACAAAAUGAGAAAAGGUACGAUUGGACUAGGCUACCUGCUGAAUUGAAACUUCAAACUAUGAAAAGGAAACGUGAUAAAGCUAAAUCUCCUGUAAAGAAGAAACUAAAAGAUAUUGAUGUUGAAUCAAAAUUAAAAGAACUUGAAAAGAGAGAAAGCACAAAUGAAAGUGAAGCCGAGGAGGAUGAAAAAGAUGCGAACGAAGAGAAAGAUCCAGAUGAUUCUGAUGCAGUGGAAGAGGAGGAAGUUGACGAGGAGAUGGAUGAAGGUACAGAUUAUGUCAAUAAUUAUUUUGACAAUGGAGAGAAUUAUGAAGAUGACGAGGAAAAUCUCGAUGAUGGAGCAAUAUUUUAGUCGAAAUACUUUGUAAAAGUAUUUGUAUCAUAUUUGUAUACAUAUGUUUAUAUAAAAAAAUAAAAUUUUACCUAAAUUGUAUAUAUGCAAUAAAUGAUUAU